AUGACACUUCCUUUCUUACACGGUCAAAGUUCGAGUUUGUUGAUUUUAGUUCAAAACAGUUGUGGUAAGACUUCCAUCCAAAGAAUAAUCUCCGAAAUUUGGCCGGUCUAUAAUAAGAAUGGUUUAUUGUCUAUCCCUUCUGAAGGUAAUCUAAUCUGUAUCCCACAAAAACCUUACUUCGCGAGAGGCGGUACUUUGAGAGAUCAGAUUAUAUAUCCUAUGACAUCUGAUGAAUUUUUUGACAGAGGUUUGAAAGAUAAGCUAUUGGUGCAAAUUUUGUCUGAGGUAAAACUAGAAUAUUUAUUAAAGCGUGCUAAGGGUUGGUCAUAUCUUGAUGUAGUUGCAGAUUGGAAAGAUGUUUUAAGUGGUGGUGAAAAACAAAGAAUGAAUUUUGCAAGGAUUUUAUUCCACAAGCCAAGAUUUGUUGUCUUAGAUGAAGCCACAAAUGCCAUUUCUGUAGACAUGGAAGAUUAUUUAUUCAAUCUGCUAAGGAAAUACAGAUUCAACUUUAUUUCAAUUUCUCAAAGACCAUCCUUGAUUAAGUAUCAUGACCAAUUGCUUGAAAUCUCAGAAUCGAAUGACGGAACUUGGAGUCUACAGACAUUGGGUACAGAUGAGGCAAUUACUUCAAUUGAAAAUGAAAUUGAAGAAUUAGAAAAGAAAUUGACAAAUGUUAAAAAUUGGGAAACAGAAAGAACUGUGCUACAAACAAAAUUAGCAACGAUAUAA